CGGGCGGAUGUCGCGUCAUUCCUCCUUCCGCUAGCGCAUGCGCGAAAGGGAGCCCUUCUCUCGCGGUCUUCCCCUGAGCAGCAGCUGUUGAGUGUGGCCACCCCCAGCGUCCCUAAAUAUGUAUACCUGUGCAAAGUUCGUCUCUGCUCCCGCCCUUAUAAAGAACAGUUCCCGGCUGCUCUGUAGGCCCAUCUCUGCCUCUGUGCUGAACAGGCCUGAGGUCAGGACGAAGGAGCCUUGUCUCUCAGGUGCUCACAAUGAGCUCUUGCCAGUGUUGCGCCGGGAGUUCCAAACCAGCACUGUUUCCAGGGACAUUGAUACUGCUGCCAAGUUUAUUGGUGCUGGCGCUGCCACCGUAGGUGUGGCUGGCUCUGGUGCUGGCAUCGGGACCGUAUUUGGCAGUCUUAUCAUUGGCUAUGCCAGAAACCCUUCCCUGAAGCAGCAGCUCUUCUCCUAUGCCAUCCUGGGUUUUGCACUCUCUGAGGCCAUGGGGCUGUUCUGCUUGAUGGUGGCAUUCCUCAUUCUCUUCGCAAUGUGAAGGAGCCGGUUGCGCUGCCUGUCAUGUGCUCUCCUCUCUUUCCCCCCUGUGUUUAGUCCAGUGUGUACGACAACCUGAUUGUUCUGUGACAGAUAGGGGAAGCCCAUCUGUUAACCAAAUCUGUCCAGCUCAGAGGGGGCAAGUCAAUAAAUACUGUAUUGGUAUACAU